GUGAAGAAGGUUUACGUUGCCAGCACCUCGGACGAGCUCCUCGAGGAGGAGCGUGCAGAUGAAGUGCAUGCAUUGCACCAGCCGCCGCUGCCAGCCACAGCGCCUUCCGAGGUUCCACAAGCCACGUACGUGGACAAUGCGGUCGCGGCUUGGUCACAGGCAAGCGGCCCAGAUGAAGUGAAGGUGGAGGAGGUCGAGGACGACAUGCUAGGGUCACCUGCAUCGAUGAAAGCAUCGCCGUCGUUGCCGGCGCUUCCUGGUCGGGCGAGGGCGUCCUUUGGCGAGGAUCUUCGCAAUGGCUAUGAGAGCCGGGCUCGAGACCGUGAAGCCUGGCUGAGUUCCCUUUCUUCCCAGCAAGCAUUGCCU